AAAUCAAAAUUUAAUUGAUAAUAUAUUAGGAGAUAGUUUAGAAGAAAGCGAUAAUAAAGAUGAUAAUAAAGAAGUUAUUAAAGAAAAAACAGAUUUGUUUUAUACGCCCUCAUUUAAUUUUUUACCUUUUCAACAUAAUCAUUUAUUACAUGAAUCUCAAUUAAAUUUAACCAAAGAUCUAGAGUUAAAUAUUUCGUCUUACAAUAUCUUUCUUAAAUUUUUUUCUAUUUAUCAAAUAGAAACUAUUGUAAAAAAUACAAAUAUUUAUGCAUAUGUAUACGGUGCAAAAAAAGGAAAUAAUACAAUAGGUGAAAAUCGAAGUUGGACAGAACUGACAAUUCAAGAAUUAAAAAUAUAG